AUGCAAAUGAACGCGAAUGUGAAAGGUGAGAAUUCUCUGAAGAGAAAUUACACUAAAAUUCGUACGGGAAAUGGCUUUAAAUUGAGAGGACAAGAAAUCAUAUUAAAAAAGGCAUUUGGGUUCUGGCAAAGGAAUUUUCUCCAUUGCGAUAGAGUUUUGGACGGGAGUACAAGCAAAAGCAAGGAACACAUAUUCUCAUUAUGGUGGAAUAUGCUGCCAUUUCUCCUCUUCUCUCUGUUCACUGCACUUUCUGCAGCAGAACUCUGUCACCCAAAUGACAAAGCUGCACUUCUAGCAUUCAAACACAGCUUCUCAAAUCCAAAUCCAAUUCCUUCAUGGGAUCCUAAUUUUGAUUGCUGUAAUUAUUAUGGUGUGGAAUGUGAUGAGACCACAAAUUAUGUCAUUGGCCUUGAAAUGAUAUCUGAUUAUCUGACAGGCACAAUCCCAACUGCACUAGCCAAUCUCACACACUUACAAAUACUCCGGCUUCACAAGAUACCGAAUCUUGUCGGUGAAAUUCCUCCCGCAAUUGGAGAAUUGACAAAUUUGAGAUUCCUAGAAAUAAGUUGGACAAAUAUCUCAGGACCAGUACCCCAUUUUCUGGUAAACCUCAAGAAUCUUGCAUUUCUUGAACUUCAGUUUAAUCGUUUAUCAGGUUCCAUUCCAUCUUCGCUUGCUACUCUGCCAUAUCUUCGAGUAAUAGACCUCAGUCGAAACCAACUUACCGGGCAGAUACCAGAGUCUUUCGGCUACCUCCCCAAUACAGCUGAAUUCCCAGCUCUUGACUUAUCUCAUAACAUGCUGUCAGGUGAAAUUCCAGCAUCUUUAGCAAACUUGAACUAUUCUACAGUCGAUAUUUCAAGAAACAAUUUAUCUGGAGAUGCAUCUGUGUUUUUUGGUAAGGGAAAGAUCACUACCGUGAUCGCCAUUUCAAGGAACAACUUUUCGUUUGAUUUCUCAAAGGUGAGUUUCAUGGAGUCAUUGGUUAUUCUGGAUAUAUCCCACAACAAAAUUUAUGGGAGUAUUCCACCUCAAAUAACAGAGGAUACAAUGUUGCAGAGGCUGAAUCUCACCUAUAACAGAUUGUGUGGUAAAAUACCGACUGGUUGGAAGUUGAAGUUUAACUCUGAUGGUUGGGAUUACACAUCCUUCUUUCAUAACCGAUGCUUGUGUGGGAUUCCAUUAGAUCCAUGUAAAUGAUGCUAGUCAAUCUGUAAUUGGAUCAACAGUAAAACAUCCUGCAGUUUUACUUCUUCUUUUUUUCAAAAUAAUGUCACAAUUGUGAUUUUAGCAACAAUAAUAACGAUGAAGAAUCUGAAAUCAACAAAGAAAUAAGAACACAGAUUUAAAUGGUUA